AUGAGUGGUGGACAAGUUAAGCUACGUGGUCAACGUGUCGAACUUGGGGAGAUAGAAGAUGCUGUCUACAAACAUCCGGGCAUCAAGACGGUUGUAGCAGUCGUGAUAAGCGGAGUACUUAUUGUUUUCGCUCUCACAAAUGAAGAGGAAACUCAUUCUGAUCAAGUUCUGAACACCUGCUCACAGUGGCUUCCGAGUUUCAUGGUACCCAGCGAGAUCAUUCUUCUGCAAGAAUUUCCUUAUCUACCGUCGGGAAAGGUAGAUAAAAGAAAGUUGCAAGCAAACUACCAGCAACAACGUGAAGAAGGGGGCGAACAAUCAAACUUCACACAAACUGAAGUAAUCGUGAGAGAAAUCCUGCGCGAGAUACUUGGUCCAUUUCCCCCAAAUAUACGUCUGGCAUCGGCAGGUCUUGACUCGCUCAUUUCUAUCAAAGUAUCCAGAGAACUUCGAUCGCGAGGAUUCAACGUUGCAACUUUAGCUGUUUUACAAGCCGAGACAUUAACCUCGUUAGCGAAACUGUGUGAAAACUGUCCCCAGGUUCCAAGUUCAGGCAAGGCUCAAUUGGCCACAACCAACUCAGAAAUGCACGCUAUGCUAAAUGGCAAUGCAAAUGACGUCGAAAUUUCCUACCCAUGUACUCCGCUUCAAAAUGCAAUGCUUGCUGAAACUGCCCUCGACGGGAUAGCUUACCGCAACUGGAUCGAGUUAAGUUUACCCGGACUCAGCGAUAUCGACAAACUCUAUACAAAGCUACAAGAUCUCGCUGAUUGCAAUCCAAUCUUGAGGACUGGUUUCGCAGAAUCCUCUGACAAUAGUGGAUAUAUGCAGUUUGUAUGGAAAACGUUUCCCGGUUCAAACAUUAAAACAGUGAACGUAUUUACGUACGAUUUUGGGGUUGAAACUGCGUCACUUCAUCGCCCUAUUGUUUUCGAGAUUCUACCUACUAAAUCCUGUCUAAAACUCUUGAUCCACAUUCAUCACGCUCUGUAUGACGCCUGGUCGAUAGAUCUUCUGCUUGAUGAUUUGAAUUGCCUGUUGCAAGAUGAGAUUCCAACUCCACGCCCAUCAUUCUCGGAUGUUGUUGAGGGUUAUCUCAAUGGCAGCCUUUCUUCUGAUUCCCAAGUUUCUAGAGAUUACUGGAAAGAUCAUAUGGUACACCUCGAGCUUAGGAAUUUACCAAAUUUUCACACAACCAAGGUUGCUUCCGCUAGAUUGGCUGUGGCGCAUCACUCGACUCAACUUUCAACUUUAGAUGUUGAACUAGCCGCGAAGAAACUGGCUUCGAGUCCACAAGCUAUUUUUCAAGCUGCAUACGCUCUGAUCCUAGCCUCUUACUUAGGAUCAACAGAUGUUUGUUUUGGCACUGUUUUUUCUGGAAGAACUAUCCCCCUCGCUGGAAUAGAAGAUAUCAUCGGACCAUGCCUCUCAACCUUACCGAUCCGUAUCGAUACCUCCAUAGCCUCUACUCUCCAAGAUCUCGUAGAAGAACUAAACAGUAUAAAUAGGAAACAUCUUGAGCAUAGCACCCUCCCGCUUCGCGAGAUCAAAUCAGUCAAUGGUUUCGAGCCUCGACAGCCAUUAUUUGAUACACUCCUGAUAUGGCAACAGACUCUCCAUAGUUAUGACCACAGCAGAAAGAAUGUGAUUCUUAUCGACCAGCUUGAUCAACUGGAGUUUAAUUUAACUCUUGAAAUAACUCCUACAUCAAACAUCAUUCAAUUCAAGGCAAAUUAUCAACAGUCGAUAUUUCCAGAAAACCAGAUAAACAUGCUUCUGCGUCAAAUUGAAGAUGUCGCGAAAACAAUUAUUCAGCACGCAGGAUCUUCGCCUUUCGAUGUCUUCAAUGAGAGCAACUCUGAAUUACUCUCUUUGGAGAAUAACACACCUAGCGUUAACCUUGGACCUGAGACACUGAUAUCCCCAGUGGAAAAUAUCGCAGAAGAAGAUCCCGAGCGUCCAGCAAUUGCGUUUGCUAGCAGAAUCGAAGGUGACAGUCCAGAAAUUCAAUACUUGAGUUAUGGUGCUUUGAAUAGUCGUGCGAAUCAGCUGGGACACUACCUAUCUGAUCAUGACGUUCUGCCGAAUGAUAUUGUUUGCAUAUGCCUUGAAAAAAGUCAUGAUUUCUAUGCUUCUGUAUUGGCUGUUACGAAGCUCGGUGCAGGUUAUCUCCCAGUAACUCCCGAUAUUCCAUAUAACCGGUUGCAUCAUAUCUUGAGCGAAGCUAAGGUAAAGGUAUUGAUUGGACAUUCUUCAUCACAAAAACUGUUAGAACAAUUUACGGAGCAAAAUAUUGCUUACGUCGAUGAGGUUGAUCUGGAUCAACAACCUACGAGGAAUCUUGCUAGUUCCUUUAAGCCGGAGAGCAUCUCAUAUUGCGUAUUUACUUCGGGUAGUACUGGAACUCCAAAAGGAGUCCUUGUCACACAAGGCAAUCUUCUGAGCAACCUUGACGUCUUAGCGGAGAUCUAUCCAGGAACUAGCGAGUCUAGACUUCUCCAGUCAUGUUCACAGGCCUUUGACGUGUCUGUCUUCGAAAUUUUCUUCACGUGGAGAAUUGGUGGAUGUCUGUGUUCUGCCGUGAAAGACGUUUUGUUUCGAGACAUAGAACUUGCAAUUCGCGUUCUGGAAGUGACUCAUCUCAGCUUGACACCUACUGUUGCUGCUCUGAUCAACCCGCUUAAAGUUCCUAAAGUAGAGUUCUUGGUCACUGCUGGAGAGGCUGUGACGCAAAAAGUUUUCAAUACAUGGGCUGGCCAUGGACUUUACCAGGGUUAUGGCCCCAGCGAAACAACUAACAUUUGCACUGUCAAGCCACAGGUCACUCUAGACGAUCGUAUUGACAAUAUUGGUCCUCCAUUCAAAAACACGUCAGUUUUUGUAGUUGCUCGCAAUUCAGAAUUCUCUUUGGUACCAAGAGGUGGCGAGGGCGAAUUUUGCUUUGGUGGCUCUCAGGUCUUCAGAGGAUACAUGAAUAGAGCUCAAGAAGAGGGAAAGAUUAUUGAUCACCCAGAAUACGGGCGUCUAUAUAAAAGUGGCGACUUUGGACGUCUGAUGUCAGACGGAUCUCUUGUUUUUACGGGCCGAAAAGAUGACCAAGUGAAGAUCAGGGGCCAACGAGUUGAGCUUGGCGAGAUUAAUAAUAUCUUGAUAUCUUUACCAGAUAUUAUAGAUUGUGUAACAAUGGUUAUCAAUGGGCAAGGUAGUUCACAAUGCUUAGUUUGCUUUUUUACGACCCAGCCAACAACGUCUGGGAACCUUCUUCCUCUUCAUGUUGACCCAAUUAUUGUCAGCGAACUCUAUAGAGUACUUGAGUCAAAGCUCCCGAGCUAUAUGGUACCUUCAAACCUCAUUCCGGUUUCAAACCUUCCAUCGACAUCGCAAGGCAAGAUUGACAAGCGUCGACUGAUUAGCUUGUAUGAAAGCUUUGAGCUCGCGUAUCUUGACUCAACUACUAAAUCUUCAAGAUCUUCUAUAGAUCAUCAGUGGACAGACCUUGAGCUUGAGAUCCGCACCUCAUUGAGUGAAAUUUCAAAAGUUCCAGUAGAGGAUGUUGGUCCAGAUACAUCAUUCUUUAGCUUUGUCAGACUUGCCGAGCAUUUAUCAACAUCCGAGGAGCUUGCACGCGACGACAUCUUAAUGGUUGAUACAAACUUAGGACUCAGCGAUGACUUUGUAGCGUCUACUUUAUCCAAGUUUACCAACCCGGAUAGAGUUGCGAUAAGCGUUUCUCCUUGUACGCCUUUGCAAGAAGCUAUGCUGUCCGCAGCCGAAUCUUCCUCAAGUGCUUCGUAUAACAACCAUGUUAUGUUCAACAUAAUUGGUGAUCUAGAACGACUUCGUGGCUGUUGGCAAGAGAUGGUUCGGAGACAUGAAAUUCUACGAACUUGUUUUCUUGCUACAGAAAUGCAAAGAUUCCCUUACGUUCAAGUCGUGCUGCAAGACUUUGAGCUCGAAUUCGGCUCUCUUGAUUCUAGAACUUUGCAGGCUGCCAUACUUGAAGUAGAGAAACAUUUGUCACUCAACAAUAACGCCCCACCUUACAAACUUAACAUUCUGCAUUUCAAUGGCCAAAAGCGCCUUUUGGUCUCAAUGCAUCACGCACUUUACGAUGGAGUCGCCCUGGCAAUUCUUUACGAUGAAAUUGAAAGGCUAUACAAUGAUUUGCCUCUACUUCCUGAAGUUUCCUUUGCUCCAUUUCUAGAGCACAUAAGCUCAAUGGAUAUCGAUUCUUCUGAUAAAUUUUGGGAAUCUACUUUACAUGGAUACUAUCCUCUUCACUUCGAAGAUAUGCCAAAUCUGCCUGGCCAAGUUGAAAUGGACACCUUCCGCAUCCAGAAAUUGAUCGCGCAAAUGCCUCUUAGUCGCGUCGAAAAUAAUAUCAAGAAGCAUAGUACCACCCCUCUCGCCGCGUUUCAUGCGAUUUGGGCUAGCAUCACGUCUGACCUUUUUAAAAGCACUGAUAUUUGCUUCGGCAAUGUAGUCAGUGGCCGCACUGCCCCGGUUGAUGGUAUAGAGAGACUAGUUGCGCCCUGUUUCAACACAGUUCCAAUUCGGUUGGAAAACCUUUACAAGACCACUUAUAUCGAGGCAUUCAGAAAAUUACAAAAUGCAAAUGCCAACUCCUUGCCAUAUCAAUUCACUCCUUUACGACGACUCCAGUCAAAGUUUAGUCCCGAUGGAACUCAUCUAUUUGAUACCCUUUUCAUUUUACAACAAGCGUCGAAGGAACUCGACUCUUCUAUAUGGUCCAUUGUGGAAGAAAAUGGUGCCAUGGAUUUUCCUUUAGUCUGCGAAAUUAUACCCAAACCCAGCAACGAUACCCUUGAGAUUGUUCUUCAUACGUCUACUUCUUUAUUUUCCGAUUACGAUGCAAAUAAUUUAAUUCAAAGAUUCGAAGAUUUAUUACAAAUCGCCCUGGAGAACCCUCGGCGUCAGAUUAUUUCCUCGUCGGCAAGAGCGCAGAUCCUUGCCGUUGACGAGGAAAGAGAGAGAAAAAGGGUACAAAUUUCGGAUCCUCAACGCCAGGACAAAGCCAUGAGUCCACUUGAACUAGAAAUUCGAGGUAUAAUCGCAGGAUUUACAGAUGUUCCUUCAGAAAAGAUCGCUCGGGAUACUAGCAUUUUUAGAUUGGGUCUCGAUAGUAUCAGUACAGUUCAGGUUGCGUCUCGCUUGAGAGCCCAAGGACACAAUAUCCUUGCGAGUGAUAUUCUACAGCAUCCUACCAUCGCGCAAAUUGCUUCGUAUCUUGAACAAAACGAAUCUUCGGUAAAAGAGAAGGACAUUCAGUAUGAUUUCGCUUCUUUUGAUCAGAAACAUCGCGAGACAAUCUGUUCGAAUAUGGAAGUUUUAUCUAAUAAUGUUGAAGCCAUCAGACCGUGCACAGCUGUACAACAAGGAAUGCUUGCUCAAAGUUUGCAUUCCGGAGGGCAUGAAUAUAUCAACAGCGUGCAUCUGGAGAUUCUACCCGACCACUCAUUAGAAGAUAUCAAAAAUUGUUGGACUAAAGUCUGUAAGGCUCAUGAAAUGCUUCGGACAGCAUUUGCUCAGACUGAAGAUCCAAGCCAUCCUUUCGCAAUGAUAACAUUCACAGAAGACUCAUUUGUCCUCCCGUGGUUUGAAAGUGGAGUUCACGCACCUUCUGAAGACAACGAUCGUCUUCGAAACCCAUGGGAAAUGACCGUGAAGAAAAAGGGGGACAAAACUAUACUUGUUUUCACUGCGCAUCACGCACUGUACGAUGCCCAAUCUAUGCAGAUGAUUUUUUCGGACUUUACAAAGUUAUAUCAUCGUCAAGAAGUGGCCAGUCGACCUAGCAUCAACACACUUUUGGGCUCAGUUCUACAAGCAUCUGAAGGGGCCCAAGAUGAGAAAAAGGAAUUUUGGCAACUGCCUGAAAAUCGGAUUGUAGUCAAUAAGUUCCCUGAUUUAACUCCGCUUCGUGUCACAUCACCCAGUAAUGCAGUUCGCGAGAUAAAAUCUUCUGCUUCACUGAAAGACCUUGAGAAUAGAUGUCGAGAACUUGGAGUCACUAUGCAAGCAGCUGGGCAAGCUACUUGGGCGAGGUUGUUAAUGGCAUAUACUGGAGAGAAUGCUACGACUUUCGGCAUGACGCUCUCUGGUCGCUCCGUGCGUGAUGAUGGCAAUUUAGUCGCAUUUCCAACUAUCGUUACACUUCCUGUCAAUUGUAACGUGGUUGGUAGUAACAGCGAGUUGCUGUCUAGAACUAUGUCAUCUAAUGCCCAACUUCAUAAUCAUCAAUUUACGCCAUUGACAUCAAUACAAAAGUGGUCUGGGUACCCCGAGGGACGGAUAUUUGACACCUUAUUUGCGUACCAAAAAUUACCUGAAGAUGAAGAAAAUUUGAGUUCGCUAUGGAAAGUAGUCAAAGAGGAAGCUACAGUGGACUACGUCGUAUCUCUAGAAGUCCAACCCUCAUCAUCGGGCGAAAUCACAAUUCGCUUAUCAUUCAGAGAAGAUGUCGUACCUGCAGCUCAUGCUGAGCUAAUUGUCAGACAAUUUGAUGCAUUACUGUUGGAUACCCUCCAAAAUCCAGAUCAUCCUUGCAACAUAGCGCCCGAAGCUGGAGUUGAGUUACUCUCCAUUACUCCUGCACAGGACCCUGUUCUUCCGGACUCCGUAACCCUUCUGCAUCAAUAUGUUGAAAGAGGUGCCAAGACAUGGCCAGAUAAGGUCGCACUAGAAUUCACAACUUGUCUUCAGCCAGGAAAAUAUCGAAGUCAAAAAUGGACAUAUAGACAAUUGGAAGAAGAAUCAAACAGGGUAGCUCAGAUGCUCCAUACACGUGGAACUGCUCCGGGCGAGAUAAUUGCCAUUUGUUUUGAUAAGUGUGCCGAGGCAUCUUUCGCAAUCAUUGGUAUCAUGAAGGCUGGUUGUGGUUAUGUUGCACUGGAUCCAAAUGCUCCGGCUGAUCGCUUAAAAUUCAUCGUGAAGGAUUCUGCUGCGAAAUUUAUCAUUAGUGCAGGCAUCCCAGCCCAGAAUUUGGGAUCUUUCGUAGAAGAAGAAAUGAUCGAUCUGACUGAUCCAGCCACACUUCUUGAAUUUGCCCCUGAAGCCCCUGAACUUUCCAGAGAAAUCACCCCUGAGGAUAUAUCCUAUUGUUUGUACACAUCUGGAACAACAGGAACACCGAAAGGAUGUCUGCUUACUCAUGAAAAUGCGAUUCAAGCGAUGCUUGCAUUUCAAAGAUUGUUUUCUGGACAUUGGACCACCGACUCGAAGUGGCUACAAUUUGCUUCUUUCCACUUUGACGUGAGUGUUUUGGAACAAUUUUGGAGUUGGAGUGUUGGAGUUUGUGUAGCUACAGCUCCUCGAGAUUUGAUAUUCGAGGAUAUUCCAGUUGCGAUUCAACAACUAGGUAUCACGCACAUUGAUUUAACACCAAGUCUUGCGCGCUUGUUACAUCCAGACGAUGUCCCAUCAUUAUGCAAAGGUGUUUUCAUUACGGGUGGCGAACAACUCAAGCAAGAAAUUCUUGAUGUAUGGGGCGAGCAUGCUUGCAUUUAUAAUGGAUAUGGACCAACUGAAGCUACCAUUGGUGUGACCAUGUAUCCUCGAGUACCAAAGAACGGUAAACCUUCCAAUAUUGGUCCUCAAUUUGACAACGUAGGAUCAUUCGUUCUGAAGCCAGGAACCGAGCUACCAGUUUUAAGGGGCGGCAUUGGUGAACUUUGCGUUUCUGGAAAACUAGUAGGAAAAGGAUAUCUCAAUCGCCCGGAACUUACGACUGAGAAAUUUCCGACGCUUACUAAUUUCAACGAGCGAGUAUAUCGCACCGGAGACCUCGUUCGUAUUUUGCACGAUGGUACCUUUCUCUUCCUCGGUCGUGCUGAUGAUCAAGUCAAACUUCGUGGACAACGCUUGGAGUUAAGCGAAAUCAAUGAGGUAAUCAAGAAAAGCAGGAACGAUCUAGAAGAGGUGGUUACUUUAGUUCUAAAACACAAAGCACAGGCCAAAGAACAGCUGGUCACAUUUUUUGUCGUAUCAGGAAAGAACGAGUUGAAAGAUAGUGAAGUAAUUCCCUUCAUCAGAGAUGCCUGCAGCUCGCGACUUCCAGGAUACAUGGUCCCAACACAUUUCAUCCCAAUCAAAGCACUUCCUCUCAACGCAAACAACAAAGCGGAUGCAAAACAACUCGCAGCUAAAUUCAACGAUUUGAGUAUGGAAGAUCUUCAAAACAUGAGUACCAAGGUGCAGAACCAUGCAGGAUGGACAAACAGAGAGAAGAAGGUGGUAGACAUCAUUGUUAAGGUGUUUCCCGUCGACGUUCCCGAGUUGACACGCAGUUCGAAUAUUUUUCAACUUGGUCUUGACUCCAUUAGUAUGACUGCCUUUUCAAGCUCCUUGAGAACCUCAGGGUACAAUAAUGCCACCAAUGCCACCGUCAGAAGUAAUCCCACCAUCGGGAAAUUGGUUGAAGCACUUCUUGCUGCCAAAACGAACGAUGGCAGAGAAAACCCACAUCUUGUAACAGCUCAACUGAGAAUUGCCGGGUUUGCACAGCAGCAUACAGUCGCAAUUUGCAAGGACUUGGCGGUUUCACCCGAACAUAUUGAGAGUAUCGCACCUUGUACUCCUGUCCAGGAAGCAAUGAUUUACAGGUUACUUGAGAGUGAUGGAAAAUUGUAUUAUAGCCACUUCCAUUACUGUUUAGUACACGGAGUCAAUUCUGAAAAACUUUCCGCUGCGUGGGAUCUUGUCGUUUCUAAACUUCAGAUCUUGAGAACCAGAUUCGUUUUAACAGACGAUGGAUAUGCGCAGGUGGUUCUCAGACCCAGGGCAUCUUCGGAGCAUUGGGAGUCGAGUACCGUAUCAGAAACGUUGGACAUUCUCAAGAAGCCGUGGUCUUUUGAUAUUAAAAAGCAGUGGCCUUCUGAUAUUAACAAGCAGUGGCCUUUGAAUAUUAACGAACUCCCAACUAGAGAAACCCUAGAUCUCAAUAUUUUCCAUGGUCUUUAUGAUGGAAGCAGUCUGGGAAUGAUUUUGAGUCAUCUUUGCGACGAAUUCCGCCAAUUACCGAACAUUCAAUAUGGACCGGUUUUUCAUUCAUCGUUGGCUUAUGGACCGCUAUCAAUAGUUCCCGGAAAGGAAGCAUUCUGGAAAUCCCAUUUAAAGACAUGGACUCAUUAUUCCUUGCCUCAUGACUACAUAUCUCUAGGAACUCGUAUGUACUCUCGUACAUUUGACCUACAAGAUUUUGAAAUAAGACGACAAGCCUUAUCGGUUGCGCCGCAGGCUAUAAUUCAAGCAACAUGGAUCUCAGCGAUUCAAACAAUCAUUUCUACCAAGCUGACGACAAUUGGGAUUGUCACAUCUGGCAGAGCAGUCGAUUUCGAAGGAGUCGAAAAGGUUGUUGGACCUCUUUUCAACACUGUGCCCUUCCAUCUUCCGGUCCAAGCUGGCACUCAAAUCUCCUCAAUAAUACAGGAGUGUCACCAAAUUAACAUGGAAAUGCAAGAGUUUCAACAUACGCCAUUGAAAGACAUUAAAAAAUUGGUUUCUGUUGCAGCUACAACACCACUCUUCGAGGCUCUAUUCGUGUUUCAACGUCCAGAUGUUAAUGAGGAGCAACUAUUGAAUAUAAUUCAAAAGAAGGUCUACUUUAAAAAGUUUAUAGAUGCAGAUUAUCCGAUAGCACUCGAAGCUACUCUGAAUAACGACAGUACCAAGCUUGUGUUGAAUAUGGUCGUAGAGAGCUCAGUUAUGUCGGAAGAAUUGGCAAGCCUUGUGUUCACGAAGAUGGAUAACACCCUUCGAACUAUUCUUCCCGGGAACGGUAAAGUGACACGAAUGGUUGGGACUGGACAUUAUGAUCCCCUGCUCCACUCAUUUCUUUCAAAACACUAUGGUCAGCCGAACUUCAGCGACAAUUCAAGUCACAUACAGCCAUCUUCGGGACCUUUACACCAAUCUAUGCACUCAGGCCAGAUACUUUUAACCAAAGAAAAGAGUGAUGUUGUUUGCAAGGAGAUUGCGAUUUUGGCCAAAGUUGAUAAAAUAGAUAUCCAUGAUCCUAGAUCUAUAUUUGAACUUGGACUUGAUAGCAUCGAUGUAAUCAAGUUGUCUUCACGUCUGCGAAAGAACGAGAUUGUGAUAUCUGUCAGUGGCAUCAUUAAAUGUCAAACGAUCACCAAAAUCAUAGAAGCUGCGACGCUGUCCAAAGAACUUUCAUCCGACAAAUUAUCUACCGAGAGACUCGUGGACAUUAGUCGCGAGCUUGGUGAGUAUCUAAAGCCUAGGCUUCCUACAGACCUCGAAUCGAUUUUACCGGCUACACCUUUACAAGAGAGUAUGUUAAAGGAAAUGGUUGCUUCCAAUUUCAAAAGCUAUUUGACCCUCCAGGUUUUCGAACUGAGUGACGAAACUCAGGAGAAAAGACUGUUGGAUGCUAUGGAUCUUGUUAUUGAAAAGUCGCCAAUUCUGAGAACGACCUUUCUUGAAGUUCAAGACCCACAGUCUCCCGUCAACUAUGCACAGAUUGUCCACAAAAAAUGGAAAAAGAUAGGCAAAGAAUAUCCAUUUACUAUUGUAAAAGGUUAUGCGAGGCUCGAAACCCUUUUCAAAAUUGCAGAAAACAGAUUAAGAGCACGCAUGUUGUCGACAGAGCGCCAAUUGUUUGGAAUAAUCCCUGUCCAUUUUGAGAGCAGGAGAUUCAUCGUAAUGGGGAUUUCACAUGCACUCUACGAUGGGAAAUCACUGCCGAUGAUACACGAUGACAUUAGCAAAGCUUAUAGGGAGCAAACGAUUGCUAGCCGUCCAGAUUAUAGACCGUGCCUCGCAGAGAUCUUCAAUGCUGACAGUCAUGAAGCAAAAGACUUCUGGAAGGCUACACUGUGGAAUUCGCCGCCAGCGAUAUUUCCAAAGCAGAAGUUAUCACCAAUUAACGAGACUACGACUUACCGAUGUGAGAAGCAUUCCAAGUUCUCUCUAGAGGAAAUUAGAAGUUUCUGUCGCUCUUCUAAUAUUACACUGCAGACUCUAGGACAAGCAUGCUGGUCUUUAGUUCUUGCAGAACUCAUGGGUCAAUUUGAUGUUGUAUUUGGCACCGUGCUUGCCUGUCGUGAUACAAGUGAUACAGCCAGCGAAGUAAAUUUCCCACUGUUCAAUACUGUGGCAGUUCGAUCAGUACUUCGUGGAACGGUGGGUCAAAUGCUUCGGGAUAUGCAAGAAAAGAGUGAUAUAACUCGUCAAUUUCAACAAUUUCCCCUUGGGAAAGCUCAAGCACUUGCGCUUGGCUCUCGAGAUCAUUCAACCAAAGAUACCACUUUAUUCGACACAUUAUUCACAUAUCAAGGUGCUCGACUUGAGGAUGAAUCUGAUCCAUUAUAUUCGUCAUUUGGUGGUUCUUCAGAUGUUCAAUUCGCAAUUUGUGUUGAAGUGGAGGUUGAAGAUAAAACUGACCGUCUUUACUGGACAACUGUUUGUAAGUCUGUGGCUAGAAACCUCUCACAGACCAAAGAUAUUCUCGAAAAAUUAGACAACGUUCUUGGGAGAAUCAUGGCAGACAAGCAAGAACAGAUUGUUACAAUUCACGGCGACGGAGUCUCUGUAUGCGGAUCUCCAAAAUUUCAACUUCGAGAAAGUCCCCAUCUGCAGAAAAACUCCGAAGUAUCUUCUGCUUGGUCUCAAAUAGAAAUGGAUCUCCGAACAUCAAUCUCUAUCGUUUCAGGUGUCCCCGAGGAAGAUAUCCUUAAAGACUCAACAAUAUUUCAAUUGGGUUUGGAUUCAGUUACAGUCCUCAAGCUUCCAGCACAUCUCAAGAACUACAAACUUCAUCUGACUGUUUCGGAAAUCAUGAGACAUCUCACAAUCCAGGAUAUGGCUGAUCAUUUACUUGGGAAACAAGACCUGGACUCGAAUACUCCUGCUAAUGUCGAGGUCGAUGUUGAUCUCAUCCUGGUUCAAUCUACGCCAUCCAUCGACCAGGUUCAGCUCAAGCAAUUGAUUGAUACUUCGGGCGAGAUAGACUACAUUAUGCCCGCAACGGCAGGUCAAACAUAUAUGAUCAGACAUUGGCAAAACUCUCAAGGAUCUCUCUUUCAAGCAACUUUUGAGUUCAAGUUAUCUAGCGGCUACGAUCCACGGCUGCUCGAUUUUGCUUGGUAUAAUUUGCUACUUCAGCAUGAUAUUUUACGAACUGGUUUCAUUGACUUAGAUUCAACCAUUGUUCAAGUUGUUUACAAAGAACCGACAAGUAUAAUAGAAUAUGGUGAGGAGCGACCUAGUCUUCAACAGCGAUGUACCCUUCAAGAUCCGCCAAUAAGUCUUUUUGUCAUCACUUCACCGAAUAGUUCGGGACAGGUUGAAAUGCAUCUAGUUAUUCAUCAUGCUCUUUAUGAUGGAAUCAGCAUCUCCUUAUUGUUUAAGAAAUUAAUGGCUUGGUAUAAUCACGCGGAUACCAUGGCUAGGUCCACGUCUACAAUCGCCAAAAAUAGAUGGAAGACAUUUGUUGCGACGGCAAUACAGGAAAAAAGUAAUCCAUCCGUGAGAGAUCAAUGGAUUGAUUAUCUUGGUGCGGCUUCCUAUAGUCAUCCAAGCCCUGAUUCAGAUCUCGAAUUUGAGGUUAUAGGACCGGAAAUCAGGAAGCCUAGUCGAGUCGAAGUUUUCAAACCUGGUUUACCAGCCAAAGGUGUCAAGACACGUGCAAAAAAUGCAGGCGUCUCUAUUGAUCACAUACUUAUCGUUCUAGCGUCGACAGUCUUAAUCGAUCAACAAAAUAAGAAUGAUGAGGAUGCUGAAGAGGGUCUCAUCGUUGGUCUAUAUUUAGCCAAUCGCUUUCCAUUUUCACAGAAUCUUUCUACAAUGAUGGCACCUACCCUCAAUCUAUUGCCAAUCAAAAUCGUGCCAAUGGAUCGAGAUGAUGAUGAUGAUUUAGCGAUAUCAGAGUUGGCCAAGAAUGUGCAGAAGGAUUUAGCUAAGAUUAGUAGAGGAGGAAUGGCUAACGUGGGACUGGACGAAAUCUACCAGUGGACUGGUGUGAAAGUGCAUGGAUGGAUCAAUAUUGUUAAAAACGUUUCUCAUCACGGUGCGAAGACAGAUGAAGAAGACUCCGAAGAGAUGUCGGAUUGGGAAGUUAUUGAAGACUUGAAUGGAAGUACGGAAAAGGAGUAUGAGAAGGCUCAAGGAGAGUCUGGUCUAAAGUCUGUGAAGGAUAAGCAAGAAAUAACGACUGGAGAUGAUCUGUUCCAACCACUGUAUGAUACGGAAGGAUAUGCUAGAGUGGUGAGGCCAAAGAGGGAUCAGAAUAUGUUUGUUAGGCAGGAUUCGGGGGCUUAUCCUCCAUCAAUCGAUAUAGAAGUUCGCUAUCAUCCCGAGAAUGAAACAAUCGAUGUUGGAAUCUUUGGGCCGGAUGAUAUGUUUAGUCUUUCGCAAGCUGAGGAGUGGAUUAAAAUGCUUGCAAUGUUAUGCUCUUGA